AAAUAAAUAAAUUUAAACGAGUAUGUUAAAAAUGUUAUAACUAUGCAGUACUUUGGGAGAUAUUCCGUUAAAUAUUUUGUGAAAAAAUAUCAAUAUCGGUGCGUGCACGGGUCUAAUCUAGUUACAGUUUAAGACUCUCACCAUCAUGUAAGAGUUUGAACCCGGACUUGGAAGAAAUUGCAACUUCGAAUUAGAUCCGUAAGGGUAGUGGACUAGUGGGGCAGUAAAAACCCUAAACCCUUGAAUUCACAGCAAAAAUGGCGGAACUACAAACAGAGAUAAUCGCCGAAAUUCUCAGCCGUGUACCAGUGAAAACCCUCCUACGCUUCCUAUGCGUCUGUAAAACAUGGUAUUCCUUGAUCAAAACCCCCAAAUUCAUCAAACUCCACCUCAAUCAAACCCUAAAGUUCACCACCAAUCGCCACCUCCUCAUCACCCACACCUCCAUUUCCACCGCUGUAAUCCGCCGCCAAUUUCACUUUUUCGAGAUCCCAGACCACCCCUUGAAGGGAAAAAUCAACCUCAAGAAGGAACCAUGUCCACUUGGAGGGCCGUUUGACUCCUGCCCUCUUGAGCCUAUUAGCAUCCAACUUCAUGGGUCUUGCAAUGGCGUCGUUUGUAUCUCCGACCCACAGAAGAAAGAUGUCGUGUUGUAUAAUCCUACUACCAAAACGCAUCGUUUCCUCCCUCCGACGGAGAACCCUUACCCAGAUAAAUUCUCGAUUUUUGGGUUUAGGUACGAUAGCGAGAGCGACGACUACAAGGUUUUGAGGCUGAUGCAGUGUGUGGGGCCGAAUGAUGAGAUUUGGAAUGAUGCUAGGGUUUAUAGUUUAAGGCGAAAUUCGUGGAAACGGAUAAAGGAUAUUCCCUACAGUGUGAUAUAUGAUCAUGGAGGUGCGCUUGUUAAUGGAGCUUUGCAUUAUAUUGUUAGUAAGGUAGCGUUUGACUCGAGGACGAAGUUGAUUGCGAAAUUCGAUCUUGGGACUGAGACUUACUCUGUUAUGGAUUGCCCUGAUUAUGACAAGGAUUUAGAUAGUUGGACUGUUUAUUUGGGGAAUGUGGAUGGGUGUUUAAGUUUAUCGGUUAAUUAUGAUUUCCAUGGCCGUGCAGAUUUGUGGGUGAUGAAGGAGUAUGGGAAGAAAGAGUCUUGGAUGAGAGCGGUUAGUAUUGGGAAUCAUAAGGGUAAUUUGAUUGAUUUUAGAGCUGUUGGUUGUUCUGAUGAUGGGGAAUGUAUUUUGGUUGAGGUUGAUAAAUUUGAGCUGCGUUGGUACGAUAUAAGGCGCCAAUUGGGUAUUCGAGCUGGAAUUGAGGGGCUGCCGAAGGAUAAUUAUAACUCGGCUAUCUAUGUGGAAAGCCUUGUUUUGCUUGAUGGUUGUUGUGGGCAAAAUUACCGUGCCUUCGUGUACCAAUGAGGAUGUGACACAUGGCACGUAUUGCGCCCCCUAAGAAGAAAUCAUACGAAGUCUACUCCGGGGCAUGAGCAUUAAUCUAGGUAUCUACAAUGUAUGUAUUUAAGUGUGUAUAAAUGUAUGUAUAAAACCUAUACCUGGAGAAUUGUAAGGAGAAAGGACACGUGUCCUCCUCCCAUUCCCCAGCCAAUCAUGUAAGGGGAAUAUUAGGUCAUUCCCACAAAAACCUAGUACUAUAAAUAUUCCCACUUCCCUAGAAAAAGGGGUCACAAUCA